AUUGCUAUAUCUGGCAACCCGUUGGUCUGUUUUGAUCAGCUAGUUAGCCUUCAAGGCGGCUUUUGACCAUAAGGCUCAAUUUAACAUUUAAUUCAAUUUAAUUUCGUUGUGUCUUUCGAGAUGGUUGUACUUAACAGUAACAAUGAAGAACACGAUAUAAUCCUGAUAGAAGAACGCUGCUCCUCACUGCCCAGCUCUCCUGCCAAACGCGUGUCUCCAGGCAAAAGGAAGCAGUUCUUUAUAAGCCAAGCCAUACGGAACUCUGACCUUACGCCCAAAGCCAAGGGGAAAAAAAGUUUGAGAAGACAGGAGAACACUCGCUACCUGCAUAAUCUCUUGGAGCGGGACGAGUGUUCCAAAGAUGAGACGGAAGCACAAGAGACGGCCUCACCUUCCAUUUUCACUGAAGCGUGCACCAAUGGGAAUUACGUGGAGGUACAACAGUCUGUUCCACUGAUUCAAUUGAAAUGUUGUAGUAUCUUUAAAAUAGCCUUUCCCCAUCUCUCUCAGUACUGGAGUGACUUCAUGAACCGUACAGGAGAAGAACAGGAGAAAAUGUUGGCCCUGCUGGAUGAAGAGACAAAACAGAAUAACUCUAGCAAGGCCCCAAAAGACCAGAGAGAGUUGAACCCAGCCUUCAGCGCUCAGGAAUGCUUCAAAAGAAUUGAUCGGAAGUUGCGUGCAACAUUGAAACGCAAACACGUUCCAAAGACAACGUUGGAGAUUCUGGAGAGUGACCUGCUGUCCUUUUUUGAAGCUCACCCACAAUCUAUAUAUGUCGCCGAACUUAGCAACAGUUUUGAGAGACUGUUGCUUCAUGCUAUUUGCCAAUACAUGGACCUUGCCUCAGCCAGCACUGACUGUAACGGAUCACGACAGACAAAGGUCGUGAACAAGCAAGAGGAGUUUCUCCCUCCUUCACCAUUGCUCUCUGCUUAUUUGGAGCAGAGGAGCUGAGAGGAGGAAACCAUCCCCCUCACUGCCACCUAAACCGGCCAGUACGACUCGUACAAGCAGCUUUAAAUAACCGUCCGGUGUGUUUUAGAGUGCCACCAUGUUCUUUAAUAGACUCAUGCACUAGUUUACUUGAACUUUAAAUACUAGAACUUGAAAGCACAUCAAUACAGUCUAAAUUCAGAACGUUGUCCUGGCCGACGUACCGAUUUGUCCAAAGGGCUUUUAUAUAGGUGCUACCAGUAAAUUUGAACGAUAGACAUUUACUACAAAAGAACACAUGACGAAAUGAAUUGAUUCUGUUUUCCGUGAUGCUUUUUUAAAAGCACUAUUUGGUAGCAAUGUUUUGUACAUUCUGGCUAGGAAAUCCUGUGUAAAUCUUGCAUGAUUAGAAAAAAAAGGAGUGUUAGUUAAUGCCUCGCUGAUAGCAUAUUGAAGUAACUCUUUCUGCAACAGUGACACAGCUGAUAGACUUUAGCGUAAUCAAACCUGUCUUCUUACUGUAGCGUUUCUCCUCGCUCAAGCUUAUUCAGGUGGAGGGAAUUGUUCAAACUAAUCGUGAUUCAUUUAGAGAGUUUUAGCUUUUCGGACGUAACGGCGUGAGCAGCCGAGGCUUUAAACGUAGACGUCGUAGAAAAUCCUUUUGGAGUCGAUGAAAUGUCGAAAAAAGAAUGUUGUAAUGACGUGUAGUACUUGCAGUUUUAUUUCCUUACUCACUGUCCAUACAAAGCAAACCGAUGGAUAACUGCCAUGUAUAAUGCUUUAAUAACUGAAUCUUAAUCUUAGAAGUACGCUCACAUUCACGUUAGAAACCGUAGCGAUGGCUCCGUAAUCCAAACCUUUGGCGUAUGUGCUUUGUGCUUUUUUUUAAAAUUUUUUUUACAUUAUUCUUCGAUUGUAGUUAUUAUAGUCAUUUAAGAAUCCUGCAUGACUUCACACAACAGUUUACAGAAAUGAUAAAAAAAAAAUCGAAUGUAGGUUCCUCAUUUGGUACGGAUCAUACACACAUCAGUGAAGUUCUAGUUAAAGGUAAGGAAGCCUCCAAGGCAUGUGACAUCAGUAGACUUGUUAAUGUUCUUUGCCCUAUUCUCACUCUGUCAUGAAAUUGACAAAAGCCAAACCAACUUGCACUUAUGACUAUGCCUUACACUUUGCAAGUUUGUCAGUGUUUAUUUUUUUUUUUUUCUCCCUCUUUAUUCUCAUUGUUAUACUUUCAUAGAGAAAACGUCGUUGUGGCUUACAUUGUGAAUACAAAGAAUCUGGAGAGGGGAUCAGUGUUGCAAACCAAAUUGUAUGUGGGUAUGGAUGCUUGUUUUCACGGCACCGAACCUCACGAAUGUGGAUUUCUGUACACAUCGAACAUCUUUUAAUUCAUACGAAGCCAACUUUUCCAUAUGUUUCUUUAGAUGUAAAUGCUUGGCUUCGGGGCCUUUUGUAGAAUAUCUACACUUGUUAUUUUUUUUUUAAUUCUAUACAAAUCUAAUAUAUUGUAUAAAUGUGAGGUCUAAAAGUCUGAGACCGUAUUGAAAACCAGGACAUUUUUUUUUUCCUAUUUAAAUUCAGAAUUCUGAAAUAUUUGAAAACAAAGAAAGGAAUCACUCAAUAUCUUGAAUAUUUAAUAGUCAAGAUUCUGCACUAUUUCUAGGUCGCUAUUUGAAUGGAACAAGUUUGUGAUAUCGAUCAUCGCUUCGUACGAAAGGUCAGAUUUUUUUAACUCUACUACCAUUUGAUCUUAAAUGGAUCGUAAGGAUUUAAGACAACUUGCGGAGUCCACGUUCGUUUCAGUGUACUGUACGAUCAAAGCAAAAAAUAGAACAAACCAAAUACUAAGAUAUUAAUGUCAAUAUUUCAGAGAUUUUACUUUUCACUCAAGCUGAUGUUAUUAAUAUAAUUUGUAUUGAAGAUUGUUUUAUUUAAUGAUUCAGUUUCACUAGUGCUCUCAGACCUUUGGACUCCACUGUGUGUAGAUGUAGUUAGCACAUUCACUAUAAACCAUAGGAUGCUCAAGCGUGCUUCUUUAGUUGUGCGACAAGUAAGCAAAUGUCAAAAGUGUCAAACGUGUUUCCUAUUUAUAUGACCAUUGUGUGAUAGGUGCAAGCCAUGAAUGUCUGUACCUACAUUUGAAUAAAAUCUCAGUCAAAACA